AUGCUCAACUCGUCCGGUACGAACGGAGUGGAGGACGUUUCCGAUUCCGGCUGGGGUGUGUCUUCCAUUCCGGAUAUACAUGAGCUAUGGCAAGAUGAUCGUGCUCGUCCAGUAAAGCAUACGGUCCACAGCUAUAGCAUCCCUAGCGAAUGGCUCCAAUUAGAUCGAAUGUUGUGCUUUAAUGAUCCCGUUCUAUCUUCACCGGCAGUCACAUAUAAUCGUAUAAUCCCCUUUGGUUUGAUUAAUGCUCUGCGUAUGCACACCCAACCAACGAAUGAUGUGGUUUCCGUGCAAUCGGCCAAUCUACUGACCGACCUUUCCACAUCACCGUCGACCAAACUGGACACCGCUCAGUCAUCCCGAACUCUCGUAUCCUCUCCAUCUGACGGGUUCUUGUCCGGUCCACGUCCAGAGAGAAAUCGAUUGUGGAACAGUGUGCGUCAAUCGAUGUCCCGUUUUCGUUCUCAGUUCACUCGAUCCGGCCCAUUCCGAGCUUCGACCGGGGCUAGUUCCACUCGUUCCAUCGGUCCGGACGGAAUCACUCCGUCCGUGCCACACAGUCUGCCCAAAUCAAACAUUGUGAUCGAGCGUGAGUACAUGUCUCAAGCCCUGACCUCGUCAGCUGCUCCUCCGACUACGAAUGGUGCUCCCGUUACCGGUCGACCUCCUCUGGAUCCCAGUGCGUCCGGUUUGCCCCCGUUGCACAGCCCGUCCGGGAUAAGAAAUGUAACAGAUGCACUUCUGGUGAUUCACAAUUGA